GGCAGGAACCAAUUCUUGUCUUCUGUCCAAUCUUGAUUUGAUUGACUGACUGAUUUGUUGAUUUUGUAUGAGAUUUCCCAUACUGUCUAUAUAUGUAAUCAAAUUCCUUGUUUAUUUUAAUAAUAGAUGCGACAUAGAUUUUAAAUGGCUUAUUCAAGGCGAUAAUCCCAUUACUUAAUAAAGUUACUGGUCAGAAAUGUUACUGUUUAGUUCAUAUUAUUACUAUGACUUCGAUUUAUUUUAUACCUUUUACUUAAAAUUCUUGGCUGAAACGCUGUUGUAUUUUAGAAACUUUGCAUUGUACAUUAGUAUAUGGUUUCUGUGCUAUAUUUUGGUAUGUGGUGUGGUGUAUCGGCGGUAUGCAAGGCGGCUUCCCACACGGACUCGUGGUUCUCUUAGGGCUAAAAGAGUUUUGGUGGUGGUGGCACACCCGGAUGACGAAUGCAUGUUCUUUGGGCCAACUAUAUUCAGGCUGUGCGAACAAGGAGCUGAUGUUCAUAUACUAUGUUUGUCAAAUGGGAAUUACGAAGGCAAAGGCCACGUUAGGCGCAAGGAGUUAUGGGAUGCUUGCAAAGAGCUUGGCAUCCCUGAUAGAAAUAUUUGUCUUAUUAACGACACACGACUGAAGGACCAUCCCAAGGUGAACUGGCCUGUGCCCGUCAUCUCUAAACUCAUGCAGCAUCAUUUAGAAAUGUUGGAUGUAGACACCCUUGUGACAUUUGACCGUGGUGGGGUGUCUUCGCAUGCAAAUCAUUCUGCAGUAUUUUAUGCAGUAGCAUAUAUGUUUGUUGAGAAAUUAAUGCCCAAGAAAUGCACAGUGUACACAUUAGAUUCUGUCAAUAUCCUCAGGAAGUAUUUGGGUUUCUUUGACCUGCCAAUGAGCUUCAUACUGUCUUCCAAAAGAUACUUCCUCCGCUGGACGGAGAGUCGCCGCGUGGUCAGAGCUAUGAAACGGCACAAGUCCCAAAUGGUGUGGUUCCGGCACCUAUAUGUGUGUUUCUCUCGGUAUAUGGUCAUCAAUACGCUGCGACGGAUCAGUUUAGCUGAUAUCGAGUUAGAACUUGAGGUUGAUGAUUAGAAAUAUUGUUGAAUUUUAGACCAGCUGCGCCGCGGGGUUUUGUUCCCGUGGGAAUCUCUUGAUAAAAAAUCAUCUAUACUUUAUUCCAGUUCAUAAUCCAUCAAAAUCCGUCCAGUAGAUUAUGAGGGAAAGAGUAAUUAACACAUCAAUACAUCCUCUUAAACUGUCACUUGUUCCUCUUCAUUCGAACCAUCUCAGUUCCUUCAGGAAGCGAAGCACCGCCGAAGGUGAGGAGUAGACCUCGGUUAACAUUCUUUGAUUAUGAAUGUGGUGUGUUGUGUACCUCUUAGUUUUACAUAACCUAAUUCCACCUAUAUCCUUUCAUGAGAGUGAUACUUUUUCGUGUAGUACAUUGUUAAUCAUUCCACUUAUUUGUUUGAUCCAAGGCAAGGUUUGCUUCCUUGUAAUGCUCAGAAAACUAUUCAUAGGCCACGCAAUUUUUGACUGAAAGCAUGUAACAGGUAGCUUUUAUAAAUGAGAAUGUUAGAACCUGAAUGUUUGUAGUUGUAUUGAGUGUGUAGUAUCUACUAUAGGAUUUACGGUAGGCUGCAUACAAAUAUCACCUAACUAUACCACUUUUGGGCGUCGGUGGUCGAAUCGGUAAGGUGCCCGGUUAAAAUGCGUGAUGCGCAGAAAGGCACAGGUUCAAAUCCCACUUCGGCCAUGUACCAAUGACUAUUUUCAAAGUUAUUUACAUUGUAUGUGAAUACAAACCGAUGCUGUUAUGACGAGGGAAAUCAUCGCGUUGAAACCUGCACAUUCAGGCAACUGGAUGCACUUCGUGUAAAAACCCGACUCACCCAAUCUAGGAUCUAUGGUCAAAGACAUACCCCCGCCACCUCCAAAGAGGGGAGGAUGCAACCGGGUCUAAAGCCAGGAAAAAACCUCCAACCACCGCAUGUGUAUCGAGGUAUAUAUACUAUAUGCCCCACUGUUCUUAUCAUUCUUAUAUAUGUGAUGUAAUGUUCUUCCCAAUGUAUUGCAAUAAAUUUAGUUAGAAAUUUAGACUCGGUUUAUGUAUGUGUUUGAUAAGAUAGGUAUUGAUUAGCUGCCAUUGUUUUGUAAGUUCUAAGUCAAGCUAGUCUUCAAUUAGGCCAAUAUAAAACGUUCAUAAAAUUGUACCUUAAGACAGUGUUGACUAUUUGUACAAGUUAGGUUAAGCACCAAAGUGUAAAACAAAUAACGAGAAAUUUAUAUGUAGAGUUAGUAUAAUAGUUAUCUUUUUGUUACAGAGUCAGCUUAUGAAUAUAUAUAAUACGGCUAAUUUUUAUCAAGAGUAUAUGAAUUUAUUAUGAUUAUGCAACCACGCGAGUGAAGUGCAUGUAUUUGUGUAUAGAAAGAAAUAAUGCCAUGCAACCAUUUUGUAACAUAAGCAGUUUUUUUAAUCAAGUUUGUGAAAACUUCUAAUGAUAUAUCUGUUUUAAAAUAGUAGUUUAGUUUUAGGUGUGUCGCAUAUACUGAAUAUUUAUCUUCUUAAUAUAAAUUGAAUAUUUGUCAGACAGCCGAAACUAAAUAAGUGUAAAUAUCAUUUGGGAACUUUAUCAUACAUUAUAAAGUAUUAGUUAAAAAUAGAAAUUUAAUAUUGUUCAAUUUCUCUUCAAUCUACCGAUAAAUGAAAUUUGUGGUGCAAUUGGAUAGAAACGAUAUUUCUUUCGCUUACAGCCGGGAUCGUGGUAAGUGGGAAUAGGCGGGAUUUUAUGUAGGUAUGUUUGGAUAUUUAACGUUUGAUAGGAUUGUGAGAGACUGGCGUCUGAACUAAGCAGAGCCUGUGUAGACCACAUUUUCUCCCCACUUGAAAAUUGUAUAAAAAUUGGUUUUGUUUAGUGAAAGAAAUAUUGUAGUUCAGAUUAUGGAUGUUAUGACGAUUUUUAUAUAGGUAUUUAAAUUUAUUAUGUACCUACCGGCAAAUGCGACAGAGAUGAAAUAUUAAAAUUGAAAUGCAUGUAAAAUUACGCAAAAUAAACCAUAUAAACCUUUUUUUUCCAAGCUGAUUGCUAUGUAAGAUUAUUCAUUUAUCAUUCAAAGAUUUUCAAGCGUAUACUAGAUAUUAGACUAUUUGAGUUUAGUUAUAUUUGAUGUUUUGAGUCUAGUCCUUAUGGUGUUUAUGACAAUCCUCUAUGUACUAAGUAAAUCUAGGGUAAGAAGUAGUGUUGCCGAUUGAUAGUCCACUAUCGCCUAUCGAUUUAUAGUAAAAGCAACAAUAUCCAUGGGACUAUCGAUAGUAUUGAUCGAGGUUACUACCGAAAGUAUUGAUAUAGUCUAUCGACAACGGCAACUCUACUAGGAACAAUAAUUAAAUUCAUGUAAAGUCAAUUUUACUUAGCCUAGCCUUGCAAAAAGAAAGUCUUUUACGCCUGUCUAUUCUGUGAUAUGAGUUUACGCUUCCAAUAAUGAAGUUUUGGACUUUGUACAACUGUUGCAUUAUCUAGAUAAUCACCUAUCGAUUAUUAUAAUCUUUUUAUAGCUGGCUUGUGUAAUUCAUUUCCAAAAUGAAUAUUGUUAUUUUAUUACACUGUAAUUAUAUGACCAACUAAGACUGAGUUUCUAUUUCUAACCUCAAGAGUUCGGGUGACAUCUAACUACAAACCAAACAAAUCAUAACAGAUUAAAUUAAUUUUAUUUCCGUUGGCCUCAAAAUACUCAUAGUACAUUUUACAACAAAUGUUAUUUAUUACAUCAUUAUAGGUACUUACAUUUCAAUGCGAGAACGUUUCAAAACUUUAAAUAGGUAAACAUUUUAAAAUUGACAAGUUUAGAGCGCUCUAUAGUUAUCUUUAAAAUAUGGAAACCGCCCUAUUUUACCACUACCGACAAUAUUUUAAUAGAAUACUGAUAAUCCUAUACCCGCGGACCAGAGUCAAGAUUAGAGUUAAUGCCAAGCUUAAAUAAUAUUAGUUAACUCACAACACAUGCAUUAUAAUGUCAACUCAACACAAACAAUGAGGAACAUUUCGAUAAACCUAUCGAAAAAUAAAAAAAUCGUCAUGUGUACUUUGUUUUAUUUGGUAACUGCUACAAAUAAGGUUAACAAUAUCAAAGCGACUAGGCUUCCAUAAACAGCAUUCUUGUCUCGAAUUUUUUAUUGCCAUAGUUGAUUAUAUUGCGAUUAUAAGAUUUCUCUAGUUGGGCCAAGAUGUCAAGAAUAUUUUGAUCUUGUCAUUGUAGUUUGUACGUUGUGCUAUUUCAGUGAUUGAAGUCGUUAAGUACUUUAAAUGCUUUUAUCUCAAAAUACAUAAUAAAAAACGGAAACAAGCUCUAGACAAUGCUAAAAGCGGGAUGCGAACAAUUUACUAAUAUCUACUAAUAAAAGACUACUUUCAAAUAUAUAUAUCACGCUGUAUUUGAUGUAAAACUUAUUACAACAUAAGUAAAAAAAACUUAAAAACGAGUGCAAUAUUAAGCAAAAAUAAAUUGUUGUUCAGAGCUUCUAAAGAUCACUUGAACUACAACAUUGGAGUUAGUUUAUGAGAUGAGAAAGUGGUAUUUAAAAGCUCUAGACAAGAAAGCAUUACAAAUAUAUAUGCGGCCAAAAGACGCAGGUUAAACAAAGAAAAUAAAAGCGAACAUUUGGAUUGGUCAUAAGUUGCGAGUGCCAAAACAAACAUACUCGUUUGACAUUGUACUCUCAAUGUGAAUCAGUUCACAUAAGUCGCUGCACAUUAUUAUCGGGUAUAACACUGACAGAGAGCUAUUAAAAUAGUAAAUGAACGACAUAAUAAACUAAAAUUAUCAAUCGGCAUAGCGUCUGGAAUGUCACACAAAUAUUACAAUACUGAUUUGUUAAACAACAAACUUAUUAAUUAAAAUAAACAUGCAUCCCCACUUCGAGCGGGGGCGUCGCGUUAUAUAAGUUAUACAUUAAUAUAUAGUACUAUGUCCCACGAACCCGACCCACACCGGGAGAUACCAGCGUACCGGCGACGCCCCGCGGGAUUCCAACCAUCUAGCAACUCCGGUCGCCACUGUUUAAUAAUAAAAUAUAUUGCACCGAUAACAAUUUCCAUUCGUGCCAUAAUUAUUUACCUGAUACUAUUGCGCAAAAUUACUUAUAUUACGUGUUUAUUAUUAAUAUAAAUAUAAACAACAGCCAAAAAUCUGCUCAAGGCAAGUUACCUAACAGAACAUUUAAACAGUGAAAUGCGGUGAGUCUCGGCGUGAACCUCACCUCUCUCGUUGAUAAUGAAUUGUCAAAGUUUUAUUGAAUUAUUUUAAUUAUUAGGUAACGACAACACUACCUGUUAACCACUGACUACAUCGACUUAUUAGUUAUUCAUUUAAUAUCUAUUCCACAUCUGAAUUACAUUAUUUUUCUAAUGGUAUGCCCUAGCCUCUUCCGAGACCUUAUUCGUAUGAAUUGGGUCCUCUUAUACUAAGGAAGAUUUAGAUAGAAACAUUGACGUGCUAAAGACCGCCAGCAGCCGUAACAUAACAAUUUUCGCAAGAUUUCCGUAACAGAACUAUACAAUAUAACAGAGGCUUGGGCAUCGAUACCGCGCGAACGGACGCGCCGAGCGCAAUCUAUACGAUUUCAUUCAACUCAAAAGUACCUAUUGGACGUUAUACGAUAAAAUUAUGAUACAUUCAAUACACUAAUUUUUGCUACAGAAAAAUUGAUACACAUCUCGAGACAAAACUUUUUGUUUAAAUGAGUGUACAAGAUUACGCUCGACGCUUCAACGCGUACCAUAUCCACACGCUGCGUACGCGCAUACUUCCUGUUCUAGAAAUGACAGCAAACCAACUACACAAUGUGUGCCAUUGUUCUUGCCUUCCGAAAUGACUUCUCAAUUUGUUUAAAUUCAUUAUUAUACCGACCGAAUUAUACCUAAAACAUUUCUACAAGAGGAAGCCAGCGUGCACCUAAAGCGCAGAACACAGCGUUACGCAAUUUUAGACGGAAUUGCAACUAUAAUCAAUAAUAUAAAAUAUAUAUAUAAAUCUAUUUACUUUGUUGAGAAAAUUGUUAUUGAUCGGAACACAAAGAACAUUAAAAUUGGAUCCGAGUUAAUUUGUAAAUAAAAUACUGAAUACAUACCUAAAAACAUCAUUAUG